GUGACGUUCAUGAUCCCAGCUCUCCCACUCGCCCUGCCCUCGACAAAGCGAUGUGGAACAAUUUUUCGAUGGUGUGUUCAGUUCCUCGCCAGAUUUAAUAAAGCCGAUCCUCAAGACCAAGAUGAGUAUGAAUCGUAUCAAGGAAAAUGUCAGCCGAGCACAGCUGGCUUGGCGACGUUACCGGCGAUUGCUUCUGGUGGACUUCUUUGGUCUCACCGUUUUCAUUGGCCUGUUCGUCUUCGGCUACUUGACGCCCGCACACCCCAAGUCUUCAAGGUUGACCAUGUUACGCGACAGACUGUGUGCGGAGUCGAACCUUGGUGGAGGAGACGGCAACGGCGACUGCCGUGAAGGUAGUUGUAGAUCAUUGGGUGGACCAUUUUUAGACGAUGGCAGUGCUGGUGGGAGAAGAAGAAGUAUCAUGGGAUUGGGAAGAAGUGCGACUAGAACAAGAGCGAGCAGUAGUUGUCACAGUUGGAACGAGCGCAUCUAUUACCGACCAUGGCUAUCAGAGAUGCCAGAUACGAGACCCGUUUUCUGUAUGCUGGGACCAACAUUUCUGCUGUCGUUGUGGUAUGGUACAGGGACUAGGAUGUACAGAGGAACGGGAACAUUCACGAGGGGGCGGGACCAAGUACAGGCAACUAGCGCCAUUCAUGAUGUGGCCUUCAACAUUGUCCUCUUUGUUCAGACUCAUGAAACCUCAUCUCUGUGCUUUGUCUCUCUCAAUUUUCGUUCUACCUGAAGUUUUUCCGAUGGGAAUACCACGAAUUACCGAGAAAAGGUGUCGCUUACGCGCUCUUGCUGCUGGCCUUUGUCCUACUCACGUAUUGGGGUCUAGUGAUCGAAAUCCGAGUCUUUGGCGUAGCAGGUAGAGGCGGAGGAGGCAGUCACGGUCAUGUAGCAGAGAUUUUUGCGAACCUGCAUCGAGCGUCAGGGCUUGGUGGAAUUGCAAACUAUAAACAGCUAGAAGGCAGUCUGCAUAGCGCAUUGAGAGUGGCGCUGUUUUGGUAGUGAUCAUUUUCGACAUGUUGUACCACGGUAUCGCUCGUGGUCGUACUGGCGUAGCUGCUAUUUUUGGGAAUAUAGUGAGUCAGAAGAAAAAGCAUCUUUCUCUUGUUGAAGUGAGCAAGAAUAAGUACAAAAAAUCAACAAGAAUAGUCCUUUGACGCUGCCCCACGAAAUCCAGGUUGUACUUCGUCCUCCUCGGUCUCUUUUGCGUAAGUUUGGCGCUCGCCUGCAAGUACGACCAAACCUUGGAUCAAAUCUUGGAUAACAGUGGCAUGACCCUGGCCUAUAUGAAAAAUAACCUGUUGAGUUUGGACUGCGGUAUCGAUUCUCUUGGUGUCGAGGGGGACGAGAAUAGGCCGUACUUUUGACUCUUAGUUUACAUUUAGAUUCGAUCCUUGCUACGAACUGUCUUUUACAACAAACAGGAUUACUUUUUAUACGCGAUUACGAUUUGAUGUUCCUCGUGCAUCAAUGGAAAACCCUCCCAUAAAACUCCUACACUCUCAGCCGUUGUCCCCAAGCUUUAGCCGAUCAAUUUGUCUCCAAUGCUGCUCGUUCGCGCAAACGCGGCAACGUAAAUAUAGGCUCAGUGGAGCGGGCGAGGGCUAGACCAGAUGACUGGAACAUGUACGCCAAGGACGAUCCAGAUACUAUGCGUUUAGUCGAUGAAUUUUUGAGCAAUCCCGCAAAGCAAAAGGAAUACUUUUCAUCUUCCGGGAAGAUGGUGAACCAGGUGGAUGGCAGUGGUGGUGGUACUGAUGUUGUAGAAGACGAGGACGCAGGAGAAAAUGGUACUAGUAUUCAGAAGACUACGGAUGAACUACAAGCUACUUCGCAUCAGAACACAAAAGCUCCGGACAACGAGUGGAACAGUCGCAAUCUCGAUCGCUUGCCACUACCAGAACGAGGACGCAGUCGUAUGGUCUAUCCAGGCACUGGUCGUGGGACGAGUAGAAGAAGUAGUAGAGAACCUCCUACUUCUAGUAGGAUGAACAUGUCCUCUCAUCUCUCUGGGUCUGGAUCUGGUUCUGGUGGUGGACACCAGGAUCCUACGUCGUCGACCAAUCAUCUUCAAAGCUCUCUCGUCAACAGUGAAGAAGAUUUCCGAUUGCAAGUGCGGAUGCUGCAACGAUAUGAGCGGAUGCAACAAAAUCGACGGUUGGCUGAAGGAUGAUACCGAAAAAUAUGAAGGAUGAGAAUGGAUUCCAAGAGAUAGUUUCAAAAAAAUUCAACGACAAGAUGAAAAUAUAUGAGCCGCAAUUGACCACGCAUGAGACAUAGACAUGGAAUUCUGAAAACGCCUUUGAAGCAACAAGAAGAGGCAUGCUGAAAUCAAAAUGAAAAUCUGAGAAUACAGUCGCAUAAGCAUGGGAAUACAAAUCACGCCGUGGACAGAGGUCAGG